AUUUCAUUUCAGCAUAGUCAUGGGGUCAAUUCUUUCUAGAAGCUUUCCCUUUAACUUGCAGGUCACUACUACAAGAGGUCGUCGAAGAAACUCUUUUAAAAAACCAGAACUUGUCUGGUUGGUAUCGUCUGAUCCUGACAUGUUAAUACCUUAACCAGAAGCCUUUGGCAUGAAAAUCCUUGUCUAUCCAGAAACAUAGAAUUAGAAAUCAGAUAUUAUAUGGCAUCCCGUUAUUUAUUGUUUCUCAUAUGGAAUUCCUCAAAACAUGACACCUCUUCGUUGUCCGGUCUUGCGCCAGUGGCUAGAAUAAUUAAUGUAAAAUUUGUUUACUUGGAUCAGUUUGCAGCUUCAACAUUUUGUUAAGGAAACAGGAUCUAUGCCUGCGCAUUUUCUUUUAAUUGUUUAUAUUUAAGCUGCCAGCCAGGGGAUGGAUGUGGACCUUGCACCAUCGAGGGCUGUGGGAAGGGAAGAUUCAAAUACAUGGAUGCAUGGACCAUGGAAGAAAAGGAGCUUGGAAAGGGCAGUUGUUUGUUUUCUCUUUUUCUAUUGAUGUUGUACAAAGUCAAGAGGCAGCCAGGUCAUGUCUCUCUCUCUAACUAACUUGAAGACAAGACCUGAUAUUUUAAUCAUCAAAUCAUGAAAGAGGUAUAAAUGAUAGUCGCAAUAAUCACAGAAUACACAAGGCUAUAGUUCCAUCUAUUUUGAGAGUAGUAGGUGAGUGAACAAAAUAUAAGGCCAGCCCUUGAUAAAGAUUUUUCACAUCAGAAAACUCCAUAUCCAUCUCAUCUUUUCUCCUGCUCUUUUCAUUUAGUGCGUAAAAUUUCAGGUUUCCUAUGUUCAGGACCAAUCAUUUCUUCAUAUUUUUUAUUCUGUAAAAGACUAUCCGAGGCCUGAUUGAUCCAUAUUGUCGAUACAAGAUGACCAUGAAGAAGGUUACACUAAAAUCGAUCUUGAGUUGUUGUAGCAGCCCCUUGCCAGAAUCCACAAAUCGGAUCUCAAAACAAGGUUCUUUUCAGAGGCUCUCUCUCUCAGAUGUGAGCGAUCCCAGUUUACCAUUCUGCAUAGAAGAUAUCUCAAAUUCUUUCAGUGGCUCAAAACUGCACAUAUUUACAUUUUCAGAGCUAAGAGUUAUAACACAUAAUUUCUCGCGAAGUAAUCUUCUUGGUGAAGGCGGGUUUGGACCGGUCUAUAAGGGGUUUGUGGAUGAUAAGCUUAGGCCAGGAUUGGAUGCCCAGCCUGUAGCUGUGAAGUCACUGGACUUGGAUGGCUUGCAAGGACACAAGGAGUGGAUGGCAGAAAUAAUCUUUCUUGGACAACUGAGACAUUCUCAUCUAGUCAGGCUGAUUGGAUAUUGCUGCGAGGAGGACCAGAGACUCCUAGUAUACGAGUAUAUGCCAAGAGGCAGCUUAGAGAAUCAACUCUUCAGAAGAUAUUCCGCUGCAUUACCGUGGUCAACCAGGAUGAAAAUUGCUCUGGGAGCAGCCAAGGGCCUAGCUUUUCUCCAUGAAUCAGACAAACCAGUGAUAUACCGGGAUUUUAAAUCUUCAAAUAUCUUGUUGGACUCGGAUUACACUGCUAAACUCUCAGACUUCGGACUUGCAAAGGAUGGUCCUGAAGGAGAAGAGACACAUGUGACAACACGUGUAAUGGGCACACAAGGUUAUGCUGCGCCUGAGUAUAUCAUGACUGGCCACUUGACAACCAUGAGUGAUGUGUACAGCUUUGGCGUAGUUCUGUUGGAGUUGCUUACAGGUAAACGUUCUAUGGAUAACACCCGCCCUGGUCGAGAGCAAAGCCUUGUGGAAUGGGCAAGGCCACUGUUGAAGGACGCCAGCAAACUUGACAGGAUCAUGGACCCAAGACUUGAAGGGCAAUACUCCACCAAGGGAGCUCAAAAGGCUGCUGCAUUAGCUUAUAAAUGCCUGAGUCAUCAUCCAAAACCUAGGCCCAUGAUGAGUCACGUGGUUGAGGUCUUGGAGUCUCUUCAGGGUUUUGAUGAAACAUUUAUUCAACCAUUCGUGUACAUAGUGCCAACUGAAAAUGGAAGCAGCGAGUCUUUAAGCAGAGAAGCAGGAGUGAAAAGUGAAGGAGAAAAGGAUGCAACUAAUGAAAAUGGAUGCCACAAUCACAGGCACCAUCAACGUUUUGGUUGGAGACAAAGGAUCAAACUGCCUUUUUCUCCAGUAUCUUAUUCGGAUCCUGUCCUUUAUAAGAAUUAUGGAAAUGGUUUAAACUCUCCUAGUAGAAAAGAGGUCUAGAUGAAAGAAACCUAUUUAAAAAAGCAUAUUUUUUUUUCUCCCUUGAGAUAUAUUGUUUAGUUCAUGAAUAGGUUCGUAUAGUCCGAUACAUGUAGUGUAAUCACAACAGAAGGGAUGCAAGAAAUAUUGCUCAAAGUUGUAGCUAAAAUACUUUCAUGAUCCUGUAAGAGUUUGGAUUGUUGAGAAGGAAUGUAUGAUUGUAAAAUACAAGCCAGGGCGCUUUACUUAGUUUGGUGAAAAUCUUCUUUUACUGUUGAAUAAAGUAUCUAGCAGAGGAGUAGCACUGCUCUGGUACUGGGA